AUGUCUCCUAGAUCUCCUCACUUGUAUUAUAUUUUACCCGGCUGUUGGGAAUUGAAAAUGAACAACAAGUACAUGAGGUAUUAUAAAAACUUUAAACCUCCACCUUUUGCUCCCACGUACCGACCAACUGAGGAAGAAUUUGACGACCCUAUAGAAUAUGUGAAGAAAAUCAAACCUGAAGCAGAAAAAUAUGGUGUCGUCAAAAUUAAACCUCCAAAGAGUUUUCAACCGCCGUUUGCAAUCAGGAGUGAAAAUUUUACUUUUACUCCACGAGUUCAAAGGUUAAACGAAAUUGACGGGUUAAUUCGACUGCGAUUGCUUUUUGAGAUGGAAAUUACUGCCUUUUGGGAGCUCCAAGGUUUUGAUUUAAAACCUCCAACAAUAGAUAAUAAAUAUAUAGACCUUUACAAACUAAGCAGGUCUGUUGUUGAAAAAGGCGGUGGUGAAUACCUAACACAGCAGAAAAAAUGGUACCAGGUUGGCAAGCAGCUCGGUCUAACUAGUCAUCAGUGUCCACGACUGCACGACAUAUAUUAUAAAUGGGUGGUUCCUUUUGAAAAAUGUCUCAAGGAAAUAGAAGAAGAGAGAGAACUAAAUGGAGGAUCAGAGACAGAGUGCAUUCAAAAUGUAGACGGUCGUCGCCGGAUUGUAGAACCGAAGAGUCGUAUGAUGGCUGGUUAUCGUAAUCCGCCUAAGGGAAAAAAAACAAAGGACGACUCUGUGGAUGAUGUGGUUUGUAAACAUUGCAAGAAAGGUGAUGAUGAGGAUCGUCUCUUACUGUGUGAAGAGUGUAAUGCUGCACAGCAUACAUAUUGCUGUAAUCCACCUUUAACUGAUGUCCCUGAAACCGAGUGGCGUUGUUACCAGUGCAUUAAAGCGCGAGUAAAGUCAAUUGGAGAGAAUUUUGGUUUUCAUGACGCACAGCAGGAAUAUAAUUUGGUUACAUUUGCGGAGUUUGCUAAUAGUUGGAAGCGAGAUUACUUUCAGAAGAAGAUCCUUGAAACGACUCCUGAAGAAGUUGAAAGGGAAUUUUGGAGGAAAGUUGCUGAUUUGAAUUGCGACACUUCAGUCAAGUAUGGCGCUGAUUUAUUGGCUAGUAAGGUUGGCAGCGGUUUUCCGAUUCUUUCUGGAAGUCAAAAGGCAGGGCAGAAAAGAAGGAAAAGUGAUGCAAAUUGGAAGAAGUAUGCAGAGCAUCCAUGGAACUUAAAUAAUAUGCCGAUACUUAAGGGUUCUGUUCUUAGUCAUAUCGAUUCAGGAAUAUCGGGGAUGAUGGUGCCGUGGGUUUAUAUAGGUAUGUGUUUUACAACAUUUUGUUGGCACACAGAAGAUCACUGGACCUACAGCAUUAAUUACAUGCAUUGGGGCGAACGGAAAAUAUGGUAUGGAGUAUCUGGUGCGGAGGGGGAAAAAUUUGAUGAGGUUGUAAAUAAUCUUGUGCCUGAUUUGUUCCAGAAACAUCCAGAUUUGCUUCAUCAUUUGACCACCAUGAUAAAUCCUAUGAUUUUAAUAGAAAAUGGCAUUCACGUUUAUACUGUGCAUCAGGAACCCGGAGAGUUCGUUAUUACUUUUCCGCGUGCUUAUCAUGCCGGGUACAAUGAAGGCCUUAAUUGCGCUGAGGCUGUUAAUUUUGCUCCUCCAGACUGGCUUAGAUUGGGACGUUUAUGUAUUGCUGACUACGCCAAGGUGCAUCGUAAGUGCGUUUUUUCCCAUGACGAACUCGUCGUUCGUAUGGUCGAAAAAGUAGGGAACAUGGAUUUCUUCAUGAAAUGUGCUUUGUAUGAUGAGCUUGAAAAAAUUGUAUCUAAAGAAAGCAAAUGGCUAGCUCGAUUCCCAAAGUCCAAGCAUAGAUACGAAAGAACGAAGUUUGAGCGGAUUUAUGACGAUCAACGCGAGUGCAUUUUUUGCAAAACUACGCUUUAUCUUUCAGCUUUAGAGUGCAAGCACGCGAGACUAUCGUGUUUGAGACAUUCGGACCACUUAUGUGAGAAAUGCGUGGGCGAAGAUUAUUAUGUCAAGUAUCGUUAUACAAUCGAUGAGUUAACAGAUAUGAGGAAGGACGUCGCUAGCACAGUCGAACAUUAUGUUAAAUGGAAAGAGAAAGCUACAGCUUUUCUCCACUGUUCGGAUACUCUGAAACCGAGUUUGGAAGAUAUUUGCGAAUUGGUGAAUCUUUCGACUGUUCAGCGGUUGCCUUCCUGUGAUUUAAUGGAAAAGUUGAAUUGUAUAAUUAAGGAUUGCAAGUCUGUUUUUGAUAUGGUCGAAAAUUUGCUCUCUCCUCUCAAUCGUAACAAGACAUAUGAUUUUGAUUGUGUAAUGAAACUGAAAGAAAAAAUUGAUAAGUUGCCCUGCCCGUUACCAAACAACUUAUCUGGUUUUCACCAAUUUUUCGGUCGGUUAGUUGAAUGGAAAAAUAGAGCUAAGAACAUGGAUAUUGUCAGUUGUGGUGAAGGCAUUGACUAUGAAUCGAUCAUCAGUGAAUUGAAAAGAUUGAUCGCCGAGGCCGAUUUUUUCCACAUAGUUCUUCCGGAAGUGGAAAGACUGAAACAAAAGCUUGUUGUGCAUUCGUGGCUUCGUGAUGCUUACAAACUUCUCCGCUGGCGAUACAGCUGCAACAGAAAAAAAUUAGAUGGUGGUUAUUUUCCUAAAGCAGCCUUGGAGGAGCCACAGAAGUGGAGGCUAAAAGAAGUAGAAAAGCUUAUUGAUGAUGGUACAAGACUUAUGGAGACAAACGGAGAGAUUCAAGAUGUUGUUGACGAAGUCCACUCUUGUAUGAAGCUUGGUUGGAACAAAGAGUUUUCAGCAGAAAAAAUUCUUUUGAAUGAACGUAAUGAAGGAGUCGGUGUGGAGCGAGCAAACGAAAUUUGGGGUGAUUUUGAAGUAUGCGACUGGUUAUCUAUGGAAAAAUUGGAUGAACUGCGGAAUGAAAUUGUUAAAGCGAGAAAUAUACAGAAAUUGUACAUUGAAGGCAAAGGAAGGUCUGAUAUCACUUUUUCUGAUCUGGAAACUUACGAUGGUCUUUGUUCACAGUCAUUUUUUAUGAACCAUUCACGAACUCAUUUGGAGAUUAUUGAGGCCAGAAGCGCUUUGCAAGAUUUCAUGAAAGAUAUUGAAUCGCUUUUUAGCGACACUUCAACAAAUUAUACUUUAUACGAGGCAUCUAGUUUUAAUUCUUAUUUUGAAAUAUACCACAUAGAUGGCUCACUUUGUCCUUCCAUAUUUGCUUUACGAGAACUGAAUAUGAAACGGAACACCCAAGAAACUUGCGGAUGUGCUGAAUCACAUCCGAACGAAGAGGUUUCUCUAAUAUGUUGCUUGUGUCGUGGCAAGACUCAUGGUUCGCCAUAA